AUGAAGAAACUAAGGAGAAGAUACAAGAGGCUUGACAAUAUUAGUGAGCCUCAAAACACUCAGAAGUGUGAUAGCUUUGGAGUUUCUAUGCUUCUAUAUUCGAAAAAAUGUGAUUUUACAAGAAAAUCUCAAGUAUUAGAUCAGGAAUCUGAGAGGCAAGGCCCGAUGAAAGGCAGUAGGGCAUGAACACAGUUGAAAGGCCAAAUUGUCACUCUAAUUGUUUUUUUGUUGUUUUGUUGUCAAGCACUUGCUUUUUAUCCCAGUCAAUGAGGAGAUGGAUACUUUGGUGAAAGUGAAAAUUGAGUUCCUUGAGAUAGUUCUUGCAAAACCUGCUUAGAUGUUAUGACUUGAGAAACUUGAGAAGAUUUUAUGAGAUACAAUAGCACAACAAAGUUAUGAGAAUCAUGUGCUGAAAGUGAAUAUUAUAAUCCAAUAAAGGAUGAUUGUGAGCCUUGAGAAAACGUUUGAAUUCAAUCGUGUGCAUACCAACCAUCUUGCUUCGAGUGCCCUCCAAACAAAAUUUUUGAUAUUGAAACUCUUAAAUGUGUUGAAUUUUGUACAUCAGAUAAAAUCGAAAUCGUAUCUAAUAAAAUGAAUAUCGGCAGGAUAUGAAGAACAUUGGAAUUCUAUGUUGAUCCUGAAGGUGACAGAAUCAUUGAAUUAGGAACUUUUGAGUAUCCUUAUAGAACCUUCAAAUCAGUUGCAUCAGAAAUAUUAAACCAUUAUAGUAACACAAAAGCUGAAGUGGAAAUCUUUAUAAAGGAUGGAUAUAUUGAAAUGGAUACGCUUUAUUUUAUUAAUAUGACAAAUGUAAAAAUUACAACUCACCCUGAUUACCAGCUUUUGAACAAAAGGGCACAAAUUUCAUUCACUAGUAAGGCCCAACAUGAAAUAUCCAAGAAGGCAAGGUUCCAUCUUUUGAAAGAUACCUCUAUAAGUCACGAAGAGUUCAUUAAUAAAGAUGAAUUAAGUGAAAGAGAAAUUUCUGAACUAUCAAAAAUAAAAGUAGGAAUCAUGCUCGCAAGGACUAGUAUUGAGAUUUCGGAGAUAGAGUUCCAUGCUAGUGAUCUUGGAUACUUCUGAGUCCCAAUAUAUCUUCAAGAAAAGCAAGUGAAAUUAUAUAAUCUGGACUUCAAUGUAACUGGUAUUUCACUGGAAAGCAAAGAUCCAAUGAACGUACAUCUUGAGAAUAUCACUGUGGAUGUAUAGUUCUAAAACUAUUUAGAAUUUUAAUUUUGCAAUGAAAUCAAUCUAGUGAAUAAGUUGGAAAUGGAAGAAUUUAAACCAAUGUAAUCCAUUCUAUUACUAAAGGCCUUUAUGAAACUGGCAUAACUCCCUUUCUUUGUCUUC